CAGCCAAUCAGCGCUGCCGCGUCAUGCGGAAGCGUAAUGGCGGAGAGUGAAGCGGCUCACGAGUCCUGCAGGGAUAAGAAACGUAAAGCAAGCACGGAAGAAAUGAGUCCUGAGGGGUUGAGUAGACAUUCUUUCCAAGAGUGCUUCUCUUCCUUAAUCGAUUCGGUCACAAAGUUUAGCAACGAGCUGAAAAUAAGACCUGAGGUUUUAAGGAUCACUGCCAAUGUGAGUGCUCUUAACUUCACUCAGCUACAACCAUCGCAUGUGUACAGCUGUUUACAGCAGCACAUCUCCAAGUUGCAGACUGUGUCAGUACAUCUGAAACAAAUAUUGGAUGCUGAGAGCCCAUCUCAUUCAGCCAAUAAUGAAAAAACAGAGAAAUCCAAGAAUAAGUUGGCAGCAACAUCUGAAGAAGAGAUAGUGGUAGACCAAGAGCUCUCUCCUACCACAUCACAUCAACACAGUGCUUUAAUCGACAAAGUGAUGUCCCAACAUGAUGAGUGCAGAUCUGUUCAAAUCAAAGCUGGCAAAGCUGAGAUUGAACGUAGGAUCUCUGCAUUUAUAGAGCGCAAACAGCUGGAGAUCAAUGAAAACAAUGUGCGGGAGUUUUGCAAUGUGAUCAACUGCAAUCGGGAAAACAGUUGUGCCAGAACAGAUGCAGUCUUCACACCCUAUCCAGGUUUCAAGAGUCAUGUCAAAGUGACUCGAGUGGUGAACACAUAUGGGCCCCAAACCCGAGGUGGGCGUUCUGAGCAUGGAGAGCAGCAGCAGGGUUCGUACAGCAGAGACUGUGGAAACCCCGUCAUCGAGGAACGACUACACAACAUAGAAGCUCACCUGAAGCUAACGGCAGCAGGUCCUGUGCCUCAGAGCAUUUACCAGCGGCUAAAAAAGUUAGAGGAUCGAAUCUUGGAGCUUGAGGGUCUUUCCCCAGAGUACUUCCACUCCAUGAGUUAUUCUCACAAACGCCCGAAAAUCUCGGUUUCUCAGAGCUACAGCCUGUCUGAGAUAGAUGGGAAGAUCAGAGCAGUUAGAAGUGCUUUACUGAAGAGAGCGAGCGAGUUCCAGUCCAGAGAUGUCAGGGAGUUUCCAUUCUGACAAACACACAGAUGAUAAACUGUGUACCUCCAUCCUGAAGAGUUGUCUUUUUUUUAUACACUUGAUAUCAUGAAUUGAAAAUGAACACUGUUUUCACUUGCUACUCAUCUGAGUCGAGUUGAGAGCAUCUGUACAUGUUGUCAUUUUCAUUUUUGUAGAUAGAAUUCUUUUUGUCUACAAAGGCAUUGACUAUUUGAAUAUUUUGCAUGCACACACACACAACACAUUCACAUUUUUUUUAUGCAGACUGAGGCUAAUAUUUUUCAGCUUUUUGAUUGUUUUAUCACUACUAGCUUUGGUCCAAUGAAUUCAUUUAUAAAAAAGAAUAUUCAUUUAUUUAUCUCAAGUAAACACUUUCACUUGGAUCUGGAGUGCAUCCUGGGAAAAUUGAGUAUGUGUCAUGUUUUUUGAGAUGUGAGGAAACGGGAGAACCAGAGAGAAACCCACACAGACGAGGAGAAUUCUGACUGUUCCACCCAUAAUAUAGCCAUAAGGGAAAGAUUAGUAGGUCUGUAGGAUUAAAUAAAGAAAAAACAGAC